CCUGGAGAUCGGAUCUGUGAUACGAAGGUAACAAAGUCUGUAGCAGUGGUGAAUGGUACGAACCAGAGCGAAGAUGGAUAUACGCGUGGAUAACUUGGAGCGGAAUCUGGCUGAGAUGCGAGAGGAACAGGAUCGGAAAUUAUUGGAGGUGCAGCAGGAACUCCGAUCAGCGAUGAAUGAUCAGCGGCUGGCGAUGGAAAAUCUGGCGGCAUCCAUGGCCGCGAUGAAUGAGCAGCUGCGGACCAGAGAGAGAUCACGAUCUCAACCUCGACAUCAUCUGCGAUCUUCUCGCAGCCCAACUACUUCUGGAGGUAAUCCGAACUUGUCGCAUAUCCAAAAUCCCCCUGUUGGUAAUCAUGUGUUGUCGCCUAUACCAAAUCACAGAAGGCCAGAUGAUAUGUAUCGAUUUCCAGUAUAUACGGGUAGAAAAAUUGAUUUGCCUGUGUUUGAUGGAGAAGGUGCUUACAGUUGGAUUGUAAGGAUGGAAAGGUAUUUUCGUCUGAACAAUAUUAAUGAAGAAGAACAGGUGGAAGCUGCUGUAGUGGCCAUGGAAGGCAGAGCUAUCAACUGGUUUAUAUGGUGGGAACACCAGAAUGAAAGGAGGACGUGGGAGAAUCUGAAGACUUCUAUCGUUCGCAGGUUUCAGCCAGACUUAAUUCAGAAUCCAUAUGGGCCGAUGCUUAGCCUGAAACAGACUGGCACUGUAAGGGAUUACAGGGAUGAGUUCGAACUGGUGAUAGCUCCCCAAAUCAAUGUUGACAUGGAGAUAUUGAAGGGAAUUUUCCUUAACGGCCUUAAGAAUGAGAUCAAAGCUGAACUCAAACUGCAUAAUUCCACUGCUUUGAAUGACAUCAUGGAUAUGGCCCUUCUGGUUGAAACUAGAAACGAAGCUAUCUAUCUGAAGACUAAUGGUGAAGAUAAAGUAACUUGGAAGGAAAAGGGACCUAGUGCUACCAAACAUCAGACUUGGGUGGAUGGAUUUAAAGCAAAAAUAGGGAACUCGGGGUCCAACAAUAAUGGCAAAGGUGCAGCUGAAAGCAUGGAUUUCAAUUCUUGGUUUGAGAAGAUGGGAAAGAAGGUGACUGAAAUAAACAAUUCAGAAAUCAGAAAGGUAGGUCCUCAGUUAUCCCAGGAAGAGUUUCAGGAAAGGAGUAGGAAGGGACUGUGCUUUAAAUGUGGGGAGAAGUGGAGCAAAGAGCACAAUUGCAAACUGAAAAAUUAUAAGCUAAUGAUGGUUGAAGAUUCAGAUGGAGAGAAGGAGCAUGAUAAGGAUUCUGAAAGUUCUGAGGAGGAAGAAGUUACUAUGGAGUCCAAAUCAAUGCAAUUAUCCUUCAUGAACCAAGAAGGAACACCUUCUAUGAGGGCUUUUAAGGUACAAGGGAUUCUGAAAUGGGUUAAGGGAGAGAAGAUAGUAGAUGUUCUGAUUGACAGUGGAGCUUCACACAAUUUCAUAUCUCAGAAAUUGGUUGGGCAGAUAAGUUUACCUUAUCAUACCACUUCUGGCUACAAAGUGCAGACUGGCAAUGGAGAUGUGGUAUUCAAUAAUGGCAAAUGUGAAAAAUUAAUUUUAAAUAUGCAAGGCACUGUUAUUCAGCAAAAAUUUUAUAUAAUGGAGUUGGGAGGAGCUGACUUAGUUCUUGGCAUGGAAUGGCUAACCAGCUUGGGGGAUGUGGAAGUUAACUUUCAGAAACAAAGUAUAAAGUGGCAGCAAUUUGGAACAAAUCAGGUCAUUCAAGAAGAUCCACAGUUUAACUCGACUGAAGAAUCACUGCAAACCAUGGUACAGAUCAUACAGGAUACUGGGGAUGGAUACCCUGUGUCCUGUGAAGGCAGAAUUGAGGAAAGGAAGGAAGGACAACAGAAGGAUCAUAUCAGGAAAGAUAUUUUGGCAGAAUUUCCUUAUGCCAGUUUUUUUUUCAGACCCCAAAUAGCAGCAGGUUCUGCACCAUUCAUAUCCUUGUGUGCACCUAUCAUUUGUGGGUUACAAGGUUCUUAUUGGAAAGUCUUCUUAAAGAAUUCUGAAAUGGAAUCUGCCAUUAGCAUUGAUCAGUUCUUGGAUAUUCAUGUUGAUCGUAUCAGUACCAGGGAGACUAGAUUUUCAAGGAGUGUAGCAGCUGAAAUCAAAGAGCUAGGGUCAUAUCUUGAAGGACUACACAAGACUGCUAAAUUCCAGAUUCAGGACAACAAGGAGCUCUAUGAAAACGCUGGGAAUGCCUUAGAGAAAUACUGGUCUGAGGAAGUGAGGAUUAAAGGUCCAAUGCUGCUGAUAGGGAUACAAAAAUCCACACUGUAUUGGGAAGGGAGAAGUGCAAGAAAGAAGUACAAGUGGGAGAUCAUGGCUGACUCCUAUCACCCACCUUGAGGACAAGGUGGUUGUUUAGGGGGGGAGUAUUGAUAGGAAUAAGUAAUGAUUGGGCCUAUUCAUUAAAUAAUUAGUGGGCCUAUUCAAUAAAGAGUAUAAUAGAAAGGAUAAAAAGUCUAUUAUUAGUUAAUAGUUCCUUUUAUCCCUGCGUGGAUAAGGACUAUAAAUAGAAGGGGAGUCAGCUAAAAUAGGCAGGCUGUUAUUUGGUUUGGACUUGGACUUUGGAGACUGGGCAUCUCGAAUCGUCCAUCACUGUAUACCUAUUUCGGUUCUUCGCUAUUCAAUAAACACG